AUGCGCAACACUCUCAUUUUUGCCGGGAACUCUGUUCCCGUUCUCACUGGACAAAUCUGCGAGAACCUGGGCAUGCAACCUGGCGAGGCUGAGCUGACCCAAUUCGCAAAUGGCGAGACCAGUGUCAGAAUCCUGACCAGCGUCCGUGAGAAGGACGUUUUCGUCGUCCAGUCCGGCAGCUCCAGGAUCAACGACUCAAUCAUGGAGCUUCUGAUCAUGAUCAGUGCCUGCAAGGGCGGGUCCGCGAACAAAGUGACAGCUGUCCUACCCUACUUCCCCUACAGCCGGCAAUCGAAGAAGAAGGCCCACCGUGGCGCAAUCACUGCGCGCAUGCUGGCUAAUCUUCUCGGGGUGGCUGGCGUUAAGCACGUCAUCACCGUCGACCUUCAUGCCUCACAAAUGCAGGGCUUCUUCCGAUGCCCAGUUGACAACCUCCACGCCGAGCCCAUCAUCGCCAAAUGGAUCCGCCGAAACGUGGAGAAUUGGAGAGAUGCCGUGGUUGUUUCCAAGAAUGCAGGUGGUACCAAGCGAGUAACAUCUUUGGCCGAUGCCCUGAAGCUGAAUUUUGGCAUGGUCACAACGGAUCGCAAACGGUCCAACCUGUCAAACAGCCUGAUUUUGCCACACUUUGAUGCUGCUGGAUAUCACAGGCCACAGGAAACUGAAGCCGCCGGUAGCAGCCUCUCAAAGACGAAUAAAGAUGAUGAGGAUGAGCUUGCGGAAGAACCCACGACUCCCGUCAAGGCUUCGGCUUCUACCUCUCGUGUGAUCGCCGACUCCAAUGGCUCACCGACACAACUUGGUGGUCUUGGCAUUCCAAUUAAGCGCAACGACAACCACUCAUCCUUGUCUCUGGCGGAGCGAGAAUCUUCAAAUGGUACUCCAUCCUCAUUCGAUGAUAGACGCCCAAGCGAGGUGAUUCACACUCGCUUGGUCCAGGGUCACGUUGUCGAUGAUGACUUCCCGUCUCCGGAGCGAUCGACGGCGGCCAAUAGCGUCUAUGACGACGACGCCAUGACAUCGUCUGUGUAUGCACCAGGAGGCCAGUCACUGGGUGGAUCUGGUGAUGCAGCUCAUAGCUCAGACGAUGAGGACAGCCAUCUCGAAGAUCCUCAGUUCGAGCACAUGAUCACUCUCGUGGGCGAUGUUCGAGGUCGGACAGUGUUCAUCGUCGACGACAUGAUCGACAAGCCAGCAUCUUGGAUCGCUGCCGCCGAAACCGUCGUAAAGAGGGGUGGUGCUAAGAAGGUGUACUGCAUUGCAACACACGGCGUCUUUGGCGAUGACUGCCUGGGGCAACUUCAGGCAUGCGAAUAUAUUAACAAAAUUGUAGUCACCAACAGUUUCCCCAUCAACGAGCAGAGGGCCAAGUUUACCAACAAGCUUGUGAUCCUAGACCUGUCGUUUAUGCUCUCUGAAGCCAUUCGCCGCAACCAUUUUGGAGAGUCGCUCUCGCCUCUCUUCCAGCACUACUCUGACUAG